AUGUUCGGCAUCAUAGCAGAUCUCAUUGCCUCCGGGACUACAAUCCUCCUUCCAGCUUACCUCUCCUACAAAGCACUGCGCACCAACGACCCUGCUCAGACGCACCCAUGGCUGAUCUACUUUACCAUCCUCUCCCUCACACUGCUUUUUGAGUCAUGGACUCUGUUCAUCAUCGGCUGGCUCCCGUUCUACUCCUGGAUCCGCUUGAUCUUUCUGCUCUAUCUGGUACUCCCGCAAACGCAAGGGGCGAAGAUAUUGUACCUCGAUUACCUCGAACCAUACAUCGUCCAUCAUGAGACUCGAAUUGAUCAGUUCAUCGGCGAAGCACACGAGAGACUACAACAGCUGGGGCUGGGCUAUGUGAAUGUCGUGAUAGAGUUCCUCAGGGAGAAGGUAUUGGGUCAAAAGAGUCCACAGUCUCAAGAGGCCCAGCAGGUCGGCUAUGCAAGUUAUGCCCAAGACCUUCUCUCUCGCUUUACCAUGCCUGGAGCACGUACCAAUACACCGACUCAGCCCGGCACAACCUCUGCUGGGGUUUAUAGCAUAGUCUCCCACUUGGCGAGUUCUACUUUUGCGGCAUCGACAUCCCGUUCCGCGGCAUCCGAGGCAGCGACCGUUCCGCCAUCUCUCUUCCACGAUAUACCAGGUAGCAGCUCGGCUGAAAAAUCACGCUACAUCUCCAGUCAACGUGAGCGACUGGCGAGUCUGCUCAAGGCUCUGGACAAAGAGCAGCAAACCAUUGAUCUAGCUUAUGGAUCUGCGGCCGGGCAGCAGUCCUCAAGUGCGGGGUCGGGUGGCUUGAAGGCAAAGUCUAAGAGUGAGCAAUCCUUCGAAAAUGUCGACUAUGAGGACGCAGCACAUACCACUAGCUCCUCAAGUGCUAGUUCCAGCCCACCCAAGUCCGCUGCUGAAGGUCGGAGGACGACCAGUGGUAACUGGAUCCCGACCGGGGUGGCUGGGUGGUUUGGAGGAAAUGGUAGUGGUGGAGAAGAUCGGACAGAGAAAGCUAAAGACGACUUGGCGCAGAGAGUCUCCCAAGGGUGGUCAGCAGCCAGAGAUAUCACUGAGGAAGUAACACGCGGGACGAGUAGCGGCGUCGACACCGGCAGAGGAUGA